AUGUCGGGUACGUCUACUUAUCAACAAGUCACAAUUACUGAAAGAAGUAAUGCACCGCCCGGAGAACGAAUCCGAGCUGUUGGAAUGUGCUUUUACGGACGUGGACAGGACCUGACGACAGACAAUUUGUACCGAUUGAAGCGAAAUCCAUCCAACCCCAAAGAUGACAACUGCAUUGAGUUGACAGAGAAUGGUAUAGUAAAGGCAACAAUGAAUGCACGCCUGUCCAAGCUUAUGGCACCACUUAUUGAUAAUUCCAUUAUACGGGAGCCUGAAUGGUAUGAUUAAAUUGAAAACCUUAAUUUUACUGUGAUCCCUUGUUAAAGAAUCUUUUUUUUUUUAAUGCAGUAAUUUUUGUUUUCGUCACUAUAGCCGUGUUUUGGAAGACGCAAUCUGGAGUCGAGGAGAUACUAGACGACCAGCAAGGGCCCACAAAGUUGAGGCCAAGUUCAUUGCAAGCCUCACUGACCUUGAACUUGUUCAAGACGUAUUUAAAGCUUACAAUGUUAACUUUGUUUAA